AUUUGUAACUCGGAACCUCCAUCCCAGAAUAGUCUGGCAGAAUAGCUGAUCCGACAAUCCUAGCUGCCUUCGAAUCGACCCGGUUAUAAGCUGAAUAUCAGCAUCUAGAUUCUGGAUCAAUCAACAGAGUUGCUACUUUUUACCUCGCGUUGAACGGUACCCGCUUGAAAGGUGGUCUAUAGCACGUAUUAGCCCCUUUCGUGCUGAACGAUAUCUUGAAACGGCGCACGCGCCCUCGCUUUAACUGGUCGGUCCCACUUCGGUCUAGUCCGACAUCAAUUAUCCGGUCAGACUUUGCAUUUCUUACUCGUACAUCACUAGGUAUUACUUUGCGGCCGGUCGCUGGUCAUCAUGGCGCCUCCUCCAUCUGUUUUUGUUCCGCUAUACAUUUAUCCCAACCCCGGAGCGUGGGACCAGUUGUACCAAGCCGCCUGGCAGUAUCCUGACCUGGAUUUUACCGUGGUGGUCAACCCUCAUUCCGGUCCUGGCAGCAGCGCGCUACCAGACGCGAACUAUACACGAGAGAUUCCAAAGUUGAAUGAGUUUGACAACGUUCGGACUCUAGGCUACGUCGCCACCGACUAUGGAAGCAAAGCCCUGGAUCUCACUCUGGCUGAGAUUGCCAUGUACGCCGCCUGGGCGGAGAAGAGUGCGAACAUGACCAUGGACGGCGUCUUUUUCGACGAGACACCUACUCACUACGAUGCAAACGCCGAUGCGUACAUGCAAGCUGUCUCUACUGCCGUACAAGAGUCAGACGGCUUCGGAGAGAGUUUUGUUGUGCACAAUCCCGGCUAUAUUCCUGACCAGCGGUACAUGGCAUAUGCAGAUCUGACAGUCGUCUUUGAGCAAACCUAUUCAGCCUGGAUGGAGAUGGGAAUCUCGCAUCAGCUUGAUGAUUUGAACUACAACAAGCGCAACCUGGUAUCACUAGUCCACUCUUUGCCAGAUAUCACCGAAGAAUCGCUAAAAUGUUUGGCCGAUCACUUGCAGCUACUGACAGGUCAUGUUUUCUUGACAUCCCUAGACUCAGCCUAUUAUCAAAGCUUCAGUCCGCAAUUUGGAGAAUAUGUAGCCUUGCUGUCUAGCAUUCGUGGUCUACGCUGAAACCGGGUAUGCAAAUGUUGUGUGGAGGUGAUUAGCAAGUUCCUAGGAGGGCGUCCCUGUUUAGACAAAGAGUACCGAUCUGAAUAGAUUACCCGGUUACCGACUGUGGCUUGGCUAUUGUUUGAAGAGAUUCCGUGACUCGCAUAAACUCAAUGUGAAAGCGACAUCGAAGUCGAAAAUGACGAGAUGGUCAGCCUUUAGCCGACAAGAACACGACAUGAUGUACAC